AUAGGUGUCAUGGCACGGUGGGGUUUUGGGACGGGGAUUCUGCCACAGAAAUAAAGCUACGGUAGAAUUCCGACGACAAUUGUGUAGGCGUUUUACCAGUGGAAGCGAGUUGUUUGGACAAGCUCAUUUGCGAACCCAUUUCCGUUCUUUCGGCUUGCGACGUUCUUGCUGUAACGUCCAUAGAGCAUGCUGCAGCUCGUUCGCGGCUCGCGCGGUCGCGGGUUGGCCGUGCGACGGGGCGUGCGAGAGGGCGAGGUGCUGCUGGACGAGGCGCCCCUGCUGCUAUACGUCGACGACGACGCGUGCGGCGACUACUGCUCGCACUGCCUGCGGUGCCUCCCCGCCACCAGCCCCACAGAUACCGCCGCCUCGCCCGCCCCCUCCGCUUCCCCCCUUCCCCCCGCCACCCCAAUCUGCUGCGCUCACUGCAAAAUCUGUUCCUUCUGCUCCCCCGCCUGCCUCGACCAAUCACAGUCCGCCACGCACACUCCCUCUCACUGCCGCGCUCUUUCCCGCCUCCCGCCUCGCUCCGCCACGUCAGCUUCCGAUGGUGACCCAUCCGCGCCACAGCCAAUCGAAGGGGAGGGGUCAGGUGACACGUCAGCAGGAGGUGGCCCUAACAGCGAAGCAGCGCUGCUGACUGGCGAGGACAGGACAGCUGUCCGCUUCCUAUUGGCUGCAUACGACCUCCUGGUGCACCCCCGCGCGCUUCCCCCACUGGCGGAGGCAGUAUGGGGGGAGGAAUUGGCGGAGAGAGCUGGGGGAACGGGAGCAAGGGGGGAGGACGGGAGAGGAGACGAGAAGGGAGGGGAGGGAGAGGGAGGGGCCGGGAGGAGGGUGUGGAAUGACUGCUUUCAGCUGCUGCUGGCGCUUGAUGGUGGGAAUGAGAGGGAGGGGGGGAGAGAAGGAGAUGGGGAGAGGGAGCGAGGCAAGGAGGCAAACAAGGCAUCCUCUGCCGCCGCUGCUGUUGGUGCUGCUGGCAGCAGCAGCGGUAAGAAAGAGGUGGUUGACGCGGAAGUCAAUCCCGAGAGCAAGGACGAGCUGAGAGCACGUGCAAGGCGGCUGCACGAAGCGGUGCUGAGGGCGACGCACGACUGGGCGUGGCGUGCUUGUUCCAAGGAGGGCUCCACUGCGGGCUCAGAGGCGGGCUCCACUACCGCUCCCUCGUGGGAGGUCACAUUGGCCCUGCUGGUGCGAGACGCGCGCAACAGCUUUGGCGUGAUGGCGCCGUUCAGGCCGGGGGGGGAGAGGGCGGUGCGGGGGUACGCGGUGUACGGCGCUGCUUCGCUGGCCAACCACUCCUGCUACCCCAACGCUUGCAGGUUUGACUACUUCGACUCUGCACCUCCUGCCACAACCACCACCUCUUCUGCCCCCACCAGCACCACGGGUGCUUGUUUCAGCAGCAGCACGCACCUGCAGCUGCGGGCAAUGCGGGACCUGCAGCGAGGCGAGGAGGUGGUGGUGUCGUACUUCCCCCUGGGGUGGCGCCUGGGGGAGAGGCGCACGCGAGUGAGGGAGGCGUACGGUUUCGAGUGUGAGUGUGAGCGGUGUGAGCUGGAGGGGCGGAUGGGGGCCGAUGAGAGUGAGGAUGAGGAAGAGGAGGAAGAGGAGGGGAAGGAUGCAGAGGAGGAUGAGGAGGAGGAGGCAGAGGAGGAUGAGGAGGAGGAGGCAGAGGAGGAGGAAGAAGAGCCAGAUGAGGAAGAGGGUGGGGGAGGGGAUGGAGAAAAAGUCAUUAAAGAAGAUGGAAAAGGCGCAGGAAAGGGGGUAGCACAUGCCAAGGGCAAAGGGAAAGCAGCAGUGCAGGAGGAUGCUGACGAGGUGGAUGGUGGUGGUGAUGGUUACAGUGACGGGGAUGGGGAUGGGCAGACUGCUGACGUGUCAGAUGCUGAGCUGGCGCAUGCGCUGUUCUUUAUGAAGCAUCUGUGUGCAGUGGAGGGUUGUGGCGGCACCAUGGCAGCACAGCCGGGGACUUGGGUGGGAGGGGGAGGGGGAGGGGGAGGGGGUGAGGCUGGAGGGGAAUAUGAGAUGGCGGAUGACAUGGAGUGCAACAUGUGUGGUGCGAUGCAGUCACGGCAUGAGCUGCUGAGCGCCUUGUGCUCGUAGAGGUUGUUCCCCUCGCCACAGGAUGCGAGUCAAGGAAGUGCAUCCAGGCAAGCAGGGCAGCCCGCCCAGCAAUCCCCCGUGGCAGCACGAGCCGCCGCUGCCGCAGCAGCACCAGCUCUGCCCCUGCCAUCCCCUCUCCGACUCACGGCCUGCUGCCUCGACCUCGUCCCCACCAUCGCCCAUCCUCCCCACCCCCACGCCUUUGCUUCCAACGUUCCUGCCUGCCCCUCCUCCCCCUCCACCUCUCCUUGAUGAGCCCAACUUCCAGGCCACUGCUGCCCCGGCUUCUCCAGUGGUGGUGCUGCUCUGUGUGGGUCUCAAAUCCGUGUUCCAGCAGCAGCCACAGCAGGCGCAUUGGGUUGCAGGGGGGUAUGGAGGCAUGGGAGCGGGCAUGGGAGGUGGUAUGGGUGGUGGCACAGGUGGUGGUAUGGGUGGGGGGUAUGGUACAAGGUGCAGCUGUGCCGGAAGGGCUCAAUCAGCCUGCUUCCCAGCCUGUUGUGCCAGCAGUACUAGCAGCAGCAGCAGCAGCAGCUGAGAUCAGGGGGAACUGCCCUGAGUCCGCAGCAGCAGGCAGUGCUCACUGAUGGUAACCCACUGCCUCUCAGCCUCUCACGGCAGGGAAGUGGGGGUCCUCAGGCAUUCGGAUGGGUGCAGGUUGGGCACAAGCACUUAUGGGCCAAACCCCACUUACCGGUACCAUCAACAGCAGCAGUAGCAGAGGGAGGGGAGAAGCCAGGUGUUGAGAGGCACAGGAAUGUGGUAUGUACGGUGCUCCAAAAUCGUGCAUUGUCAAUGCAAGUUAUAUCCUGAGUUUUCAAGAGAUUGUUGGGUUCUAUAGAUAAUAUCAUAGUGUAUGCGUUUUGGGUAAUUCUUUUGCAGUGUUUGGAGCAUUAUUGGCAUCC